GAGAGAGAGAGAGAGAGAGAGAGGGGGCAAGGGGGGGAGGGAGGGAAAGAAGGCAAGAGAGGAGACAGAAGACAGAUGCCUUCACCUCGUUCCCCUCUCUGAGAGGAGAAAGGGAGGAAAAGAAAGGAGGCGUGGAAAAAAAAGGAAUAAAACACCUCGGAUUUCAUGUGGAAGAAAAUAAUUUGAGGGAAUUUUCUCGAGGGGACGACUUUUAUUCCCCCCCCCCGUGUAUGUAUUUCCUUUCGAAGUGCGCGUUAGAGCUGCUUGGACGAUGCAGGGAUCGUGAUGAUGAGUUCGUCCGGCUGCUGGGUGGCGAACGGGGCGAGUUUGGAGGAUUGCUACUCGAACCUCUUCUCUCUGGCUGACCUACCUGGGAUUAAAUGGCGCCGUUAUUCGUGGCAAGGUCCUGUUGGAACACCACUCGUCAUCCCAGUGGCUGAAGAUGAUGCUAUUCUUUGCAGUUUCAGCCGUUGCUUGAAGGCUAAUGUACUUUGUGUCUGGCGAAGGGAUAUGACACCUGGCCACAGGGAGCUUUGGAUUUUCUGGUGGGGCGAAGUUCCAAAUUUUGCUGAUCUCAUUCAUCAUGAACUCAAAGUUGAAGAGAAUGGAUUGUGGGAGCAGGGUCUGUCUUACGAGUGUCGAACUCUGCUUUUUAAGGCCAUUCACAACUUGCUGGAAAGGUGCUUGUUAAAUAGGAACUUUGUGCGGAUUGGGAAAUGGUUUGUGAAGCCAUAUGAGAAGGAUGAGAAACCGGUAAACAAAAGUGAGCACUUGUCCUGUUCCUUCACAUUUUUCUUGCAUGGGGAUAGUAAGGUCUGUACCAGUGUUGAAAUAAACCAGCACCAACCAGUGUACCGUCUGAGUGAAGAGCAUGUUACUGCUGCCCAGGCAUCCUCCAAUCCUUUCCAAGUGAUCCUCAGCCCUUUUGGAUUAAGUGGUACUCUGACAGGUCAGUCGUUCAAGCUAUCUGACCCUCCCACUCUUAAACUAAUAGAAGAAUGGAAGCAAUUCUAUCCAAUCCAAACUGGCUCAAAGGAAACCACGGACGACAAGCAGGAGGAGUUAGAUUGGGAUGAUGACUCAAUAGCGGCUGUUGAAGUCAUUGUCGCUGGUGUGCGAAUGGUGUAUCCAGCGUGCUUUGUCCUGGUGCCUCAGCCUGAUGUCGCGACAACUGUUACGAGCAACACCACUGGAUCGUCACAUUGCACAGUUGCAUAUUCAAGUGCCCACCAAGUGCCUGCCCCAGUGAGGGAUCCCGCCAUUUCCUCUGUGACCUUGACUCCACCCACAUCACCAGAAGAGACUGAAACAGCUGAAACUCAAUCCACCCAGAAAUGGACGAAGCUUACUUCUGUACCUGAGGGAUUUAAUAUAGAGAAUUCUGGGCAUGGUGGGAAGAUCCCUAGAAAAUUAGCCAAUCAGGUCGUAGAGAAUGUGUGGCAGGAAUGCAAUCUCAACAGAACCCAGAAAAAGCGGAAGUUUUCUACUGUGAAUGGCUGUGAAGAAGAUGCAUCGGACAAAGAGACAUCCUGGGAUUUUGUUGAAGCCAGGCAUAGAGUGAAUUGCAACUGUUCGAGGCACAAGAACAAAAGAGGGACUGGAAUGCAAGGACAGUCUCAGCCUCCAGGACCACAACUGCCAACAGCUCUCAAGCACAAAAUAAAUGACAAGCAAGACAAAGGGGAUAAACAACAGAAGCGGCCACAAACUCCAUUCCAUCACCGUAAUUCAGCAUGCGAUGAUGUUUCAAUGGAACAGGACUCAGCCAAUCACAGACUUGGAAUCAGGCCGCAGGACAGUAGAGGAAGAUACCCAAAUGCGAGGCCUAGUGACCAUAGCUCCUCAAAAUCCUCACAGUUACACAUGCCAGAGAUGGCAAACUCACCGCCACCACCGCCACUCAGCCCUCAUCCGUGUGAGAGGGGUGAGGAAGUUGUUGAUACAUUUAAAAACCCAUUGACACCUCACAGUCAACCAUUCUGCCAGAUGCCUGCACCAGAUCCACUACUUCCAGCCAAAGCUGUAGAGGACAGGAUGGAGGCACUUCCCACCCAGGCUUUCCCGUUGGGUUUUCCAGAAGUUUUGGAGCCUACAACAUACAACAGUGGUGCUGUACAGUUGGAAGAUGAAGGGAGUGCUGUCACGUGGAAGUGUUAUCGAUUACCCUCCCAGGUGGAUGAUGAUUUUACUCCACCGCAGCUGCCAUUAGAUAAAUACAGGGAGGAGUACACUGCAGCAAGUAACUCAGAACGUACACUUCCUUCUGCCUCAGAGUUGGUGGCACGUUCAAAUAAGCCAUUAAAGAUUUCUGAAGAGCGGAUUCAGACAUAUAUCCAGAGGAUAAACCAAUGUUACAAAAGUAGUCGUCUGGAGGCUGAUUCUAAGUCAGAAGUUGAUCCAUAUGCAUUUGAUGAUGGAGAUGAGGAGUUCAGCUUUCCUGAUAAGAAAGACAAACAAGCCACUGAAAGGGAUCCUGGAAGGAAACAUGCACAGAAGAGCGAUAGUGAAAGUGCUGGCACAUCUCACUCAACAUUACCAGUAGAAGGAGAAGAUGCUAUGUCACUGUUCAAUUCUGGAACAAAGCCUGAUGGACAAAAGUCACCCUCGCACAAUCGGACUGCAUCCACCAGUCUCAUGAAUGAGGUUGAUUUAGUUGUUUCAUACAAAGACCUUGACAAUCUGUUUGAUGACGAGGAUGAACUUGUGCAGGCUAUUUCUCGAACACAUGUUGGAUUGGAUGAAAAAAUGAGCAACAGGGAUUCAAAAGCGGGGCCUUUUGAUGCUUUCCCCUGUAUAAGCUCUGCAGAUCUCCAGCAAAUGUUUCCCACACCUCCAUCCUUGGAGCAACAUGGUCCAGGCUACUCUCCAAUGAAUAUUAACUGUAAAGAGUUUGGAGGCUUAGAUAACACUCCAGGAAUGACUCUAGAUGGCCAUCAUUUUACUACAAGCUUGAAUCAUUUCAAGGUUGAAGUAGAGGAGGGCAUGGGUAGCCCAAAACCUUCAGAGAUCAAGGAUUUUUCCUAUGUCUAUUGCCCUGAGAAGUGCCAAGGUUAUGUGGGUUGUACUAUGUUUGCACCAUUGAAAAUUUUACCAAGCCAGUGUAUGCCGCCUGUUAAACUGCUAGAGGAGUGUAUCUAUCGUCCAUCAUGGACAGUUGGCAAGCUAGACCUGCUCCCUCCUGUUGCUCCCAUGCCGUACAUCCGGGACAUAAACAUUCCCAGUGUUGGUAGUGGUAUGGAUCAGGAUUACAUUCAGACUUGCACGCCACAAAUGCAUACCCCAUUUGGAGUGACGAAUAGUGCUCCUCCCAGUAAUAGUGGUGCUGGUGUUCUUCCAUCACCUGCCACUCCACGCAUCUCUGCCCCUACUCCCAGAACACCAAGGACGCCACGCACUCCUCGUGGUUGUGGGGGCCCAGCCAGUGUCCAAGGCUCGGUGAAAUACGAGAACUCUGAUUUGUAUUCGCCUGCCUCUACGCCUUCAACGUGUCGCCCGUUAAACUCAGUAGAACCUGCAACAGUGCAAUCCAUCCCGGAGGCACACAGCCUUUAUGUAAAUUUGAUUUUAUCUGAUUCCAUUAUGAAUUUCUUUAAAGACUGUAGCUUCGACAGUUGCUGCAUCUGUGUCUGCAACAUGAACAUCAAAGGAGCCGAUGUUGGCUUAUACAUCCCAGACCCAACCAAAGAAUCUCAGAUCUCCUGUACGUGCGGAUUUAGUGCUGUCAUGAACCGAAGGUUUGGAAACAAUGCUGGGCUCUUUUUGGAGGAUGAAGUGGAUAUCAUUGGGCGAAACACGGAUUGCAGCAGUGAGGUUGAGAAACGAUUAGAGGACCUCAGGAAUGUUUCUCUUGAACAAGGAGAAGGAAGCCCCAAGGAGCCUCUGAAAGUGCCUGAUGAGUUAAUAUUGCUACUUCAGGACCAGUGCACUAAUCCCUUCUCCCCGCUGAGAUCGGUGGAUCCUUCAGUAGUGGCAAAAUUGCGGACAGUGGGAUCACCAGUACGCGUGGAGGAUAAAGAUUAUCACAGGGAAUGUUAUACGGCUUUGGAGCAGGGAUAUCAAUUCAUGGAAAAUAUGUCAGGAGGAAAGCUCGAUGAAACACUUAUGAAAAACUCUUGUUUGCAUCUAUGGUCAAGAAGAAAUGCUGUGGAUGUCAGCAUGCUGUGUUCACAAGAUCUUCUGCGCCUGCUUCUCUCUCUUCAACCUGUUCUGCAGGAUGCCAUUCAGAAGAAACGAGCAGUCAGGUCAUGGGAGAGCAUUCAGCAUGUCCAAGGACCACUCACUUGGCAACAGUUCCACAAGCUGGCUGGUCGGGGAUCUUAUGGUACUGAUGAGUCCCCGGAGCCGCUUCCCAUCCCAACAUUUAUGUUAGGUUAUGAAUGCGACUUUCUGGUGUUGUCUCCAUUUGCAUUGCCAUAUUGGGAGAAGCUUCUCCUUGAGCCCUACGGAUCACAGAGGGAUAUUGGGUAUGUGGUGGUAUGUCCGGAAAAUGAAGCCCUUUUAAAUGGAGCAAGGAAUUUCUUUCGUGAUCUCAGUGCAGUCUACGAGUCCUGUAGACUUGGACAGCACAGGCCUAUCUCAAAGUUGCUUCCUGAUGGCAUCAUGAAAGUGGGGACCAAAGCAGCUUUGAAAAUUGCAGAACAGCCGGUAACUGACUGGUUCUCUCAGCAUUGUAUGAACACCAACAGUGAAGCUUAUUCCAAACUGAAACUUUACGCUGAAGUAUGCAGACAUGAUCUAGGCCCAUAUCUUGCCGGUCAAACACUGGACAGUUCCUUGUUAUCACAACCUAAUCCAGUUUCCCCACCCAGUCGGUCCACUACUUCUCAGACUCCAUUACAGUGUUCUGCUGGGGCUGCAUCUGCUGCAGCCUCCAACUCCACUCCUGUACUGGCCAGUACUUUAACAAACACUGCUGUAGCCUCCACGGUUGCUGCUGCCACUUCGAGCGUGCCCCUGGCCAAUUCAUCAUCAGCUGUCAAACAGUCUUCCUCCUUUUCAUCAUUUGCACAUUUGAACAACUCCUCUAGCGCUGUGACUGCGCAGGGAUCAGCCACCCAGAAUGGACAACUACCCCAGCAGAAUACUGGAACAUCCAAUGAUGCAACAACAGGUGGUACAGGGCAGCAGCAUCAGGAUCCUCCAGAGAGCACCAUGGAAAGGGAUAAAAUUGGAGUCCCAACAGAGGGGGAAUCACAUGCUGUCACUUAUCCACCAUCUAUUGUUGUAUACAUUGUGGAUCCUUUUACAUAUAAUACAGAUGAUGAAAGUUCGUCACCUUCAAAUGUUUGGACACUUGGGCUGUUGCGCUGCUACUUGGAGAUGAUCCAUUUCUUGCCCCAGCACAUCAAAAAUGCAAUAUCUGUGCAGAUUGUUCCAUGUCAGUAUCUUUUGCAACCUGUGAAAAAUGAUGAUCGACACCUCUAUUCCCAGCACCUUAAAUCACUGGCAUUUUCUGUGUUCACGCAAUGUCGGAGAUCCUUACCACCUUCCACGUAUGUCAAAGCACUGACUGGCUUUGGCCCAGGACUGGCCUUAGACAGCACCUUAAAGAGUCCUGAUAGGCCGGAAUAUUUGCGCAUUUAUAGCCCACCAUUUAUUUUGGCUCCCGUGAAGGAUAAGCAGACUGAGCUGGGGGAGACGUUUGGAGAAGCUAGCCAGAAGUACAAUGUGCUUUUUGUUGGAUAUUGCUUGUCACAUGACCAGAGGUGGCUGCUUGGAACAUGUACAGAUCUGUAUGGAGAGCUGUUGGAAACCUGCGUCAUUAAUAUAGAUGUACCAAACAGGGCUCGCAGGCGGAAAGGUUCACCCAGGAGAAUGGGUCUGCAAAAGCUCUGGGACUGGUGUUUGGGUAUUAUGCAGAUGACAUCACUUCCUUGGAGAGUUGUCAUUGGGCGCCUUGGGAGAAUAGGACAUGGAGAGUUGAAAGACUGGAGUUGCUUGCUUGGUCGUCGCACUUUGCAGUCCCUCAGCCGGCACCUAAAGGACACGUGUAAGAUGUGCGGUAUUUCUGCAGCUGAUUCUCCAAGCAUCCUUAGUGCUUGCUUGGUUGCCAUGGAGCCACAGGGAUCGUUUGUGAUCAUGCCUGACUCUGUGUCCGUGGGAUCAGUGUUUGGCCGUGGCACAUCUCUCAACAUGCAGACAUCACAGCUGAGCACACCGCAGGAUACGUCGUGCACACACAUUCUGGUGUUCCCCACUUCGGCGAUGGUGCAGGUGCAAACUGGGAACUACGAAAUAAAUGUCGAGGAAUUUGGGAUUUUUGAAUUAUUGGACCCAGAUGAUGAUCUAAUAAUAAACUUGCCAGCAUCUCCACCCACACCACCGGCACAUUCACCAGGCUCUCAUUAUCCACAUGGUGGUGAUACUAGCAAGGGACAGUGCACAGACCGUCAGGAAUCUCACGAUGAGGUAACCAUUCUGCAGCAGCCCCUGGCCCUAGGCUAUUUCGUCUCGACAGCUAAGGCUGGGCCACUUCCUGAUUGGUUUUGGUCGGCCUGCCCUCAAGCACAGAACCAAUGUCCACUUUUUCUCAAGGCCUCCUUGCACCUUCAUGUGCCUUCAGUACAUUCAGAUGAAUUGCUCCAUAGCAAGCACUCCCACCCCCUUGACUCAAACCAAACCUCUGAUGUGCUCAGGUUUGUUCUCGAACAGUACAACGCUCUUUCCUGGCUCACCUGUGACCCUGCCACUCAGGAUCGCCGCUCCUGCCUCCCCGUUCAUUUUGUGGUGCUGACGCAGCUGUACAACUUCAUCACAAGCAUGUUGUAGACCAGGCGAAGAAGUGGCCAGAGAUUCGGGAAUAACUCUUAGAAAAGGGAUGUCGUUUGAGAGCAUCAUUGAGAGCAGGAUUCUGUGGGAAGGGAAGUGGACGAUACUCAUGGACAAAAUGGAGAGAUUCAUGAAAUUGGGUCUGAAGCACCUGAGGGUGUCCCCCCCACCCCCACAACCCCCGUAAUUGCUUGAUGGGUUUUAAAGCCACAGGCAGUUAUCCAAAAAAUGCCUGCAUCUUAAUUUAUUGUAAGUUUUUAAAUGUUGUAUAAAUUGUCUUAUAUUUUGUAUUUUUUUUAAUUUUUCAAGAAGGUUUAUAUUACCUUCAGGCUUUAAAGCAUUUGUUGUACUAAAAUAUCUAUAAUCGUCUUAAGAGUUUGCAGUAGGUUGCUAUAAAGUCAGGAGCAAGAGCAGCAAAUAUCUAUUGGCUCAAUGUACAUUUAGUAGGGGCAGGAGUUAGUGUCAGCCACAUCUUGUGUGGUGAAAACGCAGCAAAGCUGCCAAUGCAGAGUACUUGUACAGUAAAUAAAGUAUGUUCACUGUGUUUAUAACUGAAAAAAGGACAUCUUAAGCAUUUCCUAUCAUGCAUUUUUGAAGCCAGGGAUAAAAGGGGAGGUGUGUGGGGGGGGUGGGAGUGUUCAACAGGUAACAGGGCUGAGAAGUCGAAUGCUCUAGCUGGGUCAGUCCCUGUGACCUGCCUAUUUGUAUAUAUAAAAAAAAUCAGUAACUUUAAUUUGUUACUACUGUAUAAAAAUUGUGCAGAAUGGUAACUAAAUUUUGUAGCAACAUAAUUUUUUUCCAAAAUUGAAUCAAUGCAAAGCAGGUGUGAUGGUCUGUUGUAGUGUUAAGGUUUCUAGGCCCCAGACUUUUUAUCAUUGUCUGAACUUUAUGAUGGCUUUAGAGAAUGGACCGCUUGACUGAUCCAGGUACCAUCUUUGUGAAAAUUACACGCAUAUGCUUUUUCUUGUUUUGGUCCUCCAUUAAUUGUGAUUCAGUGGUGAGCACACCUGAUAAUUUAACACAGACCCCAUUACUCUAUGGUUUACUUUUGUAUGAAAUGUCUUUUUUUUUAUUGUUAAUUAAUUACUGCAGACAUUUUAAGAUUUGGAAUACUGAAAAUUAUUGGGACAUUUAGAACCUUUAUAAAGCUUCAGCAUUCAAUUGUGGGUAACAUAGAUUCAAAUAAAUGGCCUCUCAGGUUAGCAACAAUUUGAAAAUAAUAGUGACAGAUGGUUGGCUCAACAUUUGCCUCGUAUGCCCUUACAUCUCCACAUCUCCACAUUUCCCAUUGUCAUGUUACAUUCUGAACUUAAAAGAAAUUUUAUUUUCUUUGAGAAGUAAAGUUUUUCGAUAUUAAUCUGUUCAAGUUGCUAUGUAGACUCAGUGCCUUUUUUCUAAACAACUCCAAUUCCAUUUUUAUACAUUCACAAGGUAAAAUUUACAUUUCAAUAAAAAGAUCUAAAGGGUCAAAUAGUAUAAUGAUAUAAAUAGUUUGAAGCUAAACUAAGUGAUGAAUUUCCGUUUAGGAAGUUAAAUUCAAAACCACCUUCAGAGGUUUGCCUGCAAUAUAAUUUGUGGGAAGAAAUUCUUAUGACAAUUAUUUCAGUUUAUCUUCUGUAGUGUCGAACAGGUUGAAUAGAGACUGGUUGUAGGUCCUGACAGAAGGACUGGACCACACUAUGCAAAUAUAAUUAGGUUCCCAUUUAGAAAAAAUAAUUUUAAAAAAUUUUACCAUUACAAUCUCUGUGCCUGCAUGAAACUGAUUGGUAAAGGUACAGAUGGUUUUGAGACACUCCUGUCAGGGGUGAUGCUGUAGUAUUUCCACAUGGGAAGAAAACUAAUUAUAGCUGAGUAAUUUCUCAAAUAAUUUGUUGGAGAAUUUGUGAAGUAUGUGCAAGUGUAAAUUUUUGAACUUGUGGCUGUAAUACGAACUCUCUACCAUGUGGUGACUGUAUAGACAGUAACUGUUAGAGGUGUAUUAGUCUGAGCAGCAGGAAAACACCAGGUUUGAAUUGAUAGAAAUUAAAAAAUUCUAACAAGUAUACAAAUAUGCCACCAGAAACCAUCAGAAAAAGAACUUGCCAAUUAAGUGAGAGUCCGCUGCAGGAAUAUGUAAUUCAAAAAAGUGUUGCCUAACUUCAUAAGUAAUUUUUGCUUGCAUCUUCUAAAAGGCUGAUUUUGCCAGAGGUAUUGAGUGACCAAAAUCCAAGGACUAAUUUGCCCUUCUCAGGAUGAUUUCAGAAAAAUGUUGAUUAUUUAUGUAACAUUUGAUCAAAUCUGAUCCCUUUAUGGCUGGGUAUAGUAGGAGCACAUUUCUUUCUGGUAAUGUAAACAGGUUUGCCUCAUCAAGUGAAAACCUGAAUAGCACUUUAUGCUUGUUUAAUCCUUGGGAAAGUAUGCAUGGCAUAAAUUCUGGAAGACAACUGAAACUUGAAGCCUUUUACAUCUUACUGUUUAACCUUUAUAAAUUUCACAAGGGUGGCUUUUCUGAAGGUAGCAAGGAAAUGAUAAACAUAUGAAAUAAUGUUUAACUCAAAUGCUCUUAAUUACUGAAGAACCAUAAUUACUAAGUGCAGCAGGGAGUGAUAUCAGUUGUUGGCAAUUUUUUUAUAAAUAAUAAAAAUGUACAUAGCUUUUAAAGCUAUAGCAAUAUAGAGGCCUUCAAGAAAUAGUUGAGAUAGGAGUUUCACAAGAACUUAAUUGGUACAAUAAUCAUGUUCCAAGACUGCAUUAGGACUGUUAAAGUUAAAACUCCCAGACUUAAUGUUUAAAGCCCAAGUCAUCAAUCUGUUUUUCAAAAUUCUCUUUAACUCUUUUCUUCUCUUGGGUGUUUGCUUCUUGCCACUCUGAGCCUUUGUACCAAUGGACAUUGAAGACUGAAGCUUGUGGCUGAAGGUGGCCAUUGUUAAAUGUCUAAGGAGCUCGGUUGAGUGAUCCUAGAGAAAACUUGACCCCAAGUAAACAGGAAAUGUAAGGUGUGAGCAUGUGGUGAAUUUAUGAAAGAGCAUUUGCCCUAACCUUAUUCCCUAAAACUGUCCUCUGUUCAAAGUACACUUAAGUUCAUUAGUGUAAACCCUUAAUAUAAACAAGCCCACUACCUACAAUGCCGAACGUUAAAGUUUUACCAAAAUUUCACAAACACUUUUUUAGUUUGAAUUAUGACUCUUCUUUGGAAUAGUCCUCUUAAUGAUAGGAGAUAAUUAACAAUCAUUACAAUUCCAGGGUACCAUUGAACCAAAAUGCUUUGUUGAGUGGCAACAGCACUCUGGUUCCUGUUCUUUCCCUGUGACCAGUUUUUGAUGUCUACACAGCAUAGAAACAGGGCAUUUAACUCGUCCUGUUGAUGCUGACCAUCAUGCCCAUCUAUAACUAAUCCCAUUUGCCUGCAUUUAUUCUAUAUUUUUCUCCAGCCUCGCUCAUUCAAGCACCUGCCACGAUGCCUCUUAAAUGUUGUAACUUUUUCUUUCCCUGGUAUCACCCCUGGCAUCUCAUUCCAGGUACCAACUGUGCGUUAAAACAUACAGCUCCGAUUCCCUUUUGUAUUUCUCUUCAGGUCUUGCAAAUUGUAAAUUUACACAGUUGAAAUAAAGAGCAGACCUCCCCCUACCUCCCUGAUUCUCAGUUACAUUUUCAAAUAUAAAAUCUUGUUUAAUUAAUGCUGAGUGUUGGCGCACAUUUCUAGAACAUUGUGUAAGCUAUAGAUGACUGAACAUCUUGGGCAUUGUGACAUUAGAAAAUUGCAAUAUCAACACAAUUGCUUUUUUUAAAAAAAAAAGUAAGCUAUCUUUUUCCCUAUCCAAGAUUGUGUUCAUUUUUAAACUUGUCCCCAGCCAAUUCAUUCCUGUGGAAAAAAUGGGUUAAGUAACUCAGAGGGUAGUUGGUAAGAUGCAACCCAAAUGGUUGUAUCUUAUCACAGAAGUGUCACCCCAGAGGGUGAUGGGGAACACCACAGAGCGAACUUUGUGGUACUAAGUUGACCAUGGUACAUCUGUUAUGACAAUGGCUGCUUGUUUGAAAUAAUCAGAGUAAGUGAAUUGACUUUGUUAACUCUGUUAACUUUUUUCCAAUGAUGUUGCUUGACUUGGCCCAAACCUAAAAUUUCUUUCAAAAUUUGCUUAAAUAAAUUUAAAACUGGUAAAUAUACAACAAAUUAGAUUUGUUUUGUCAUAUUUUAGUUCUUAAUAAUCAUAGCAGUUGUGGGUUUAGAGAAACUGCUAAUGUUUUAAUUGAAAUAUAUUAUUCCACAUAUCCCUGCCUGACUCUUACUGCAGUUAUAUUCAGUGGUGUUCUUGAAACCUGGUGCAUGUGCAUAAUCUGGUGGUUAUAUGAUAGUAUUAAGGUUGAAAGGAUAUCUUCAUUAAAUGGAGUUUCACCACAGUGCAGGCUUUCUACUGUUACCCACAAUUUAUUGCUAAGUUUAUUCUCCAGUGUGGAGAAGAGCAAUCAUUGUAACUGGGUCAUCAUGAUUUAAGGUAUGAUUGCCUGCAGACAAUACUAUUCUGGAUACUUCCAGCAGUUUUACAAACCUAUGAUCCCUACGGGAAUCUGUAGCCUCUUCCCAGUUCAGAUAUUUUCUUGGUCAUGCUCAAACCAGAUCUGAAAGUGGUCCAUUUGAUUGUGCAAACACUAGUAAUCCCAGUGCUUAAAUAAUGCAUUGCUUCAAAGUUUUUUUUGUCUUAUUUAAAUUUCAUAAUUUAAUCUUUUUUGUCAAAAUAUUUAUAGAUUUUUGAGCUGAAUUGCAGUAGAUUUAAAAAAAACUCAAAUUUUAUUAAUUGUUGGAUUUUACAGAGUUGAUGCCUUGCUUAUUUUUAAAGAGAUAAAAUAUUGGGAGAACAAUGUCAUGUUUUACUGAAAAGUUGGUUGCCUGUAACAGCUGGGCAAGCAGUGAUGAAAGCCCAGAUGUAGUGACGAAUGGUCCAUUUUUUUUCCUUGGUGUCUUGUUUUGGUAUAAAACAUCCUGCUUGCAAAGCUGCAGCUGUACUUCCUUUCGAGUCUUUCAAUGAAUUAUGAACAAAUUUUAGUCUGGAGAUCGUGGCAAACACUAAAAGCUACAUACAGUCCAAAAAGCUUAAAGUACAAAUUAUGGUCGAAUUGUUGAAAAAGUUUAUACUUUUUAAACAUUUUCAGAUGAAAAUAAAUAAUUUAUUCAUAAUAUUGGUGUGACACUCCUUCGUCAUUUUAUUUACUUACUCAGGUCUAUUCACUUAUGCGGAUGUGGAGUAGGACUGAGGUAGAGAUCACAGGAUUAAUUAUCUAACAUAAAUACUGCUUGCUGUAUAGUUUCAGUGAGAGGAUGGAUUAAUCAUUAGGAGUAAUAGUUGGUUAGCAGAACUGGAAUAGUUAUUUAGUCCCUGACCCUGCUCCAUCACCUAGCACAAGUUGCAAUUAUGGCUGAUCUAUCACCUUAUACUUUCUUCUCCUCCUCCUCCUCCCCUGCCCCUGCCACCCCCCUCCCCCCAGUAUUCCUCAAAACACUUUUGUACUCGAAAUCAAUCUUGACUGGACCCUACUGUUGUUUUAAAUUUCACUUGUAAUUCUGUAGGUCUCUUUACUGAAAAGAAAAUCUGCUGUGACAAUUUUGCAUUGUUUGAGUGAUGAUUUGUACACUGAUGUAAAUAUUAGUAACAAUGCAUUAGCUGGGAUGAAGUUCAAUCCAUCAUACACAACUCUCUGAUGCCAUCUCUGGUUCUGGUAAGAUGGCAGCAGACUCAGAUGCAUCGGCCUCUCCAGGGCCGGCCAAAGGUAUUUUUGUUUUUCUAAACGUUUUUUUUUAUGCUCGCAAGACCCUGCUGGUCAUAAAGAACUUCAGGCACAGGUCUACCCCAUCAUUGAGUUGCUUGAUAAGAGGGGGAGCUUGGAGGAGCGGUAUUUGGUGCGGACCAUUUUGCUGCCUGCUAAAGAGAGGUGUUGGGAGUCAAUUUGCAAAAUUGGUGAUUGUCUUGGAUAUUUUUCUUGUUGCAAGACCCUGUUAGACAUUAAUGUGAAAUACUGCAAGUCUGACUCACUUGUUUAUUGCAGAGACUGACGUAGAGGGAGCUGUGUGGCCUACUGUGGGGGCAAGACUGCUCUGUCUGUGCUGCUCUCCAGUAUUCACUCAGUGGAAGGUGAGCUGGGUUGUGUAUAUAUACAUGCAUUCAUCGGUGGAAGCCGAGAGCUUGCUUUGCUCUUGCUAAGAGCAUCCAUGCACCAUCAAUCUACAGGACAUAUCACUUAGACUUGGGUGCUACUAUAUUCCCUUUGCGUGACUGUUUUGCAGCUUGACCCCAGAGGAACGCUGUUUCAUAUGACUAUUCAUAUCAGGUUGAAUGAUUAUUAAAUGUAAAUGUGAAUUUGUUCCUGUUGCCUCAGUAGUGAAGGCCUGCAGCCAAUGGUAUUUGCCAACUAUGGUCACAGACUGGAGUUUUGUUCUAUGUUGUAUACUUUAAAGUGAGUGAAAGAUUUCAAAAUUGUAUGUAAUCUAUUCUCAGCUCUCACAGAAUCUGUGAAAAGAUGCUAAAAGGAGAAAACCUGCAGAUGCUCGAAAUCAAAUAAUACACACAAAAUACUGGAGGAACACAGCAGGCCAGGCAGCAUCUAUAGAAAAGUGUAAACAGUUGACCCUUUAUCAGGACUGCAAAAACAAAGAUUAGUCUGCCAGAAUAAUUAGGAUGUGCUAGUGGUCACCUAUUUCAAUUCUGUUUCCCAUUCCAACAUGUUAGUGCUGUGAUGAGGUCACACUCGAAUUGGAGGAGCAACACCUUAUAUUCCAUCUGGAUAGUCUCCAACAUGAGGGCAUGAACAUAGAUUCCUCGAACUUCUGGAUAUUCCCAUUCCCAUUUCACUCACCUUACCUGCCCAUCACCUCCCUCUGGUUCUCCUCCCCCUUCUCUUUCUUCCAUGGCCUAUCGGGUUUCCCCUCCUCCAGUCCUUUUUCUCUUUCACCAAUCCACUUCCUGGCUCUUAC